GGCAUUAAUAUUCAGCUGAGUGACAUAAAGAAAAGUGUGCAGGGGAUCAUUCAUCGCUACACUUUUGAUGAGUUUGUGGAGACUGGAAGGAAAGUGUCUCUUUCAGAAUAUAAGAAACAGAGAACAAAGGUGCUGGAGAAAGUAUCUUUUUGUGCUAAUUCUGCUGACAUUAAAGAAAAGAUUCUUAUCUACAUCCUGGCCUGGUUGAAAGAAUGGAAUGCCAUUUUGUCUGAUAUGACUGAAGUUGAUAUUGAUGAACACCACCACUGCAUAGCACAAAUGGAGGUUUUACCAAAAACGUUCAAAGCUAUCGAGGGCAAUGUCAAGAGGUUGAGUGUAAUUAGUACCUCUUUGCUUGAAGACAAGAGGAAAGAAGAGGAAAAAAAAAUGUCUAGAAAAGCUCUAUGGAAAUCUUGGAAAGAAAGAGUUAUAAAGCGACCUGCAACAGUCCAUGCUUUAACACCAAAUCAGAUGAUUGGUGAUGAAUUUGCAACAAAUACAAAGGUUUCAGAAAUUCAAGCCAUGCUACAGGAACUCAUAGAUACUACAAUGUUCAAUAAAUUGGAAAAUAAUGCUAUUAACUAUAUAGCAUCGACAAUAGAAAACCUUUCUAAAGCGUUGAGUUCACUAAAUAAUGAAGCAAAAGUUAUUAACCUCCAUCCUGAGAUAUGUAUAAGUGAGGAAAGUGAAAAAGAGCUCUCCCUGAAGGUAAUACAAGAGCUCAGUGAAGAAAAUGAAAGGCUUCAGCGGAAACUUCAAGAAGCAGAAGAAAAAUAUGAGCAGUUUAUUAAAUUCAAAGCAUUGCCCACAUCAACCUUGAAGGUGUUAUAUGAGUUUUCUCCAAAAUCAUCCAUGGGCUUUAGCAUGACUGAUGAAGCAGCGAGUAUGGAUGGGGCCCAAAGAAAGGAGACCCAAGGCUCAGUGUUAAAGUGGGACUCAGCAAGUUCACAUACAGCCCAAGUUGAAAUGACUCCAGAUUUAAUUGAACAGCAAUUCCCUUUACUUGAAAAAACCCCAAAAAUACCUUCCAAAGAUAUCACUGAAGAUAAGAUAUCACUGAAGAAAGGUGACAUCUAUCAGAAAGGUUGGACUGAUGAGUAUCAAUCACAGAAAAGGAAGAUCACAAAAGCCCCAUAUGAGUUUGAGACCUCUAGAUCAAAUCUGAGUAAGCAGACAAGUAAACAAAUAGUCUCGAAGACCAAAGUGGAUUAUGACUUAGAUCUACAAGCACAGCGAAAGACGAGUCAAGAAAUACAGCCCCUUUCUAUAGCCAAAUCAAAGUCAUUCAUUGAAUCAAAAAGUCAACACGUUCUUUCUAAUUUCCCUUCUAUUGACACAAAGAGCCAAGGUGGCAAAAGUGGAACAAGUAGUAAGUGGGAACGACUCAGGAAGUACAAAAUUGCAUAUAUACUUGAGAAAUGCCAAGUUAUUUCAGACCACAAAAAGAAAUCCACCACCGAGUUAAUGGCCAAAGAGAGUGAAAGUGUUACGAGUUUCCAAGCAGUGCCAUUUGGGUCAAUCCAACCUGAUAAAUCCUCUGAGAAAGUAAAAAUAGAAGGAAAGGAACAUCAAAUCUCUUCAGAAAUUACCACAAGCAAAGAAGGAAAAACUGAAGAGGAGGACACGUCAGUCUUUACCAAGAAGGGCAAGUCUCAAGAACUUGUUGAAUCACAAUCUAAGACUUCAGAAUCUACUACAGUUCUAGGAAGUCCAGAGGGCAAAAGUGAACAGGCUAAUCUAGAUGAAUUUCACAACGCCAUAAUGUCUUUCUUAAAAGAGAAAAUUGAUAACACAGAAAAUCCUUUGGAUAAAAAGACUGUGCCAGAAGAAGAGUUAUUAUUAAAAAAAGCAGAAGUUGAAAAAUUAGGAAUCAUAAAGGCAAAAAUGGAAGAAUAUUUCCAAAAUGUGGCUAGAGCUGUGGCAAAAAUCUUGAGAAAAUACAAAGACAUUAAAAUAGCAGGACAAAUUAGAGAGAAACAAAUGAAACAAACAACAGUCUCAUUUAUGCCAGGGCUACAUUUACAGGAGCCAAUUAGUCCAAAGUCUGAAAUUAGCUCCUUACUCUCAUCUGAGAGCAUGGACCCAGUAAUACAAAAUUUAACACAAGAGAUCUUGACUGAAAUAGAUGCUCCAGUCGUCUCAAUAGCAGGGAAAGACCAUAUGGAGAAGGAAAACCAGAGGCAGGAGGAAUAUUUGCAAGAGGUUCAAGAAGAAAGUUUGAAUAUGAAUCUUAAACACCAGUUGCAAGAAAGGAAUCUCUGGAAGAUGAGCUAUAAGAGCAUAAAAAAGGAUUUGCAAAAGCUCCAGAUGAAGGAGGGAAAGCAAGAGCAACAGAAGCAGGAUCAGUGGCAGGAAGAAGUGUGGGAGCAACAUCAAAAACAGAGGAUGCAAAAGCAGACUGAGCAAGAUGAGAAGCAAAAGGGAAUGGAAGAGGAAGAACAGCAGAAGCAAAAGCAGCAGUGGCUGGAAGCACGGGGGCAAAAAAUGAAAGAGCAAGGAGUGUCCUUGGAGGAGGAGGGACAGCAGAUGGAGCAGCUUCAGAAGGAAGUGAAACAUAUGGAACUGGAAAGUAGCUGGAAGGAAGAGGAAGAGAAGCAGAAGCCAAAGAGAAAGGGAAGGGACGAUGAAAGUCAGUGGCAUCAAAAAGCAAAGGAGCAGUUGAAGAUUAAGGAGGAAAGACCUGAAGAACUAGAAAAUGUGUUAAGUAGCACUUCAAUAAGAUUGACUCCCAGGUGGAAGAACACAUGGAAACGUGCAUUACUGUUACGCACAAAAAAAAAGUCCCAUGUGAAUCUUGCUGAUGAAAAGCACUCCGAACCAGUCAUUCCUCCCACCUCGACACAGUUUUCCUCACCUGGGCCCUUUUCUAUUCCUGGACAGUUUCCUACGAAGUGCAUCACUUUCACCCCUCAGCAGGCCCAGGAGCAGGGAAUCACUCUCACCCCUAGUCAAGCCCUGGCACAGGGAAUCACUCUCACCCCUAGUCAAGCCCUGGCACAGGGAAUCACCCUCACCCCUAGUCAAGCCCUGGCACAGGGAAUCACACUCACCCCUCAGCAGGCCCAGGCAUUGGACAUCACUCUCACCCCUCAGCAGGCCCUGGCACAGGGAAUCACACUCACCCCUCAGCAGGCCCAGGCACAGGGAAUCACACUCACCCCUCAGCAGGCCCAGGCACAGGGAAUCACACUCACCCCUCAGCAGGCCCAGGCACAGGGAAUCACACUCACCCCUCAGCAGGCCCAGGCACAGGGAAUCACACUCACCCCUCAGCAGGCCCAGGCACAGGGAAUCACACUCACCCCUCAGCAGGCCCAGGCACAGGGAAUCACACUCACCCCUCAGCAGGCCCAGGCAUUGGACAUCACUCUCACCCCUCAGCAGGCCCUGGCACAGGGAAUCACACUCACCCCUCAGCAGGCCCAGGCACAGGGAAUCACACUCACCCCUCAGCAGGCCCAGGCACAGGGAAUCACACUCACCCCUCAGCAGGCCCAGGCACAGGGAAUCACACUCACCCCUCAGCAGGCCCAGGCACAGGGAAUCACACUCACCCCUCAGCAGGCCCAGGCACAGGGAAUCACACUCACCCCUCAGCAGGCCCAGGCACAGGGAAUCACACUCACCCCUCAGCAGGCCCAGGCACAGGGAAUCACACUCACCCCUCAGCAGGCCCAGGCACAGGGAAUCACACUCACCCCUCAGCAGGCCCAGGCAUUGGACAUCACACUCACCCCUCAGCAGGCCCAGGCAUUGGACAUCACACUCACCCCUCAGCAGGCCCAGGCAUUGGACAUCACACUCACCCCUCAGCAGGCCCAGGCAUUGGACAUCACACUCACCCCUCAGCAGGCCCAGGCAUUGGACAUCACACUCACCCCUCAGCAGGCCCAGGCAUUGGACAUCACACUCACCCCUCAGCAGGCCCAGGCAUUGGACAUCACACUCACCCCUCAGCAGGCCCAGGCAUUGGACAUCACACUCACCCCUCAGCAGGCCCAGGCAUUGGACAUCACACUCACCCCUCAGCAGGCCCAGGCAUUGGACAUCACACUCACCCCUCAGCAGGCCCAGGCAUUGGACAUCACACUCACCCCUCAGCAGGCCCAGGCAUUGGACAUCACACUCACCCCUCAGCAGGCCCAGGCAUUGGACAUCACACUCACCCCUCAGCAGGCCCAGGCAUUGGACAUCACACUCACCCCUCAGCAGGCCCAGGCAUUGGACAUCACACUCACCCCUCAGCAGGCCCAGGCAUUGGACAUCACACUCACCCCUCAGCAGGCCCAGGCAUUGGACAUCACACUCACCCCUCAGCAGGCCCAGGCAUUGGACAUCACACUCACCCCUCAGCUGGCCCAGGCAUUGGACAUCACUCUCUCCCCUCAGCAGGCCCAGGCACUGGGUAUCACUCUUACCCAUGAGCAGUUCAAGGCACUGAUGGUUACCCUCACUCCUGAAAAAUCCCAGGGUUUGGGAAUCCCUGUGACUACUCAACAGGCCCAGAUACUUGGUGUCCCUAUCACUCAAGGCCAGGAUGAGGCAUUGGGAGUCACUAUCACACCACAGCAGGCAGAGGCACAGGCACAGGCACGGGCACUGAUGUUCACUCUUACUCCAGAGAAUGCGCAGAUUUGGGGUAUCACACAUACCAAUGAACAAGCCCCGGCAGUGGGUAUUACCCUCACCCCUGAGCAGAAACACGUAUUGGAGGUCCCACUUACCUUUGACCAGGCUCAGGCAUUAGAGACCCCUCUCACUGCAGAACAGGCCUGGAAAUUGGGGGUCGCUAUCACUCCAGAAAUGGCUCAGAAAGUAUCACACACUCUUUUUCUUAAGCAGGGCAAAGCAUUGGGGAUCGGUCCCACCUAUGAACAGGCUCAGUCAUUUGGCAGUCCUUUAACUCUGAAUCAGGCCCGGGCAUUGCGAAUCCCAAAUGCCUGGUUAUCAAUUAUCACUCGUAGGCAUGAACAGUCUUUGGGGGCCCCUCUCACCUCAGAUAAAGCCCAGGUCUUAGGAUCUCCCCUUACCCGUGAGCAAGUUCAACCUUCGGGAGCUCCCUUCACUCCAGGACAGGCCCAGCCCAUGGGUAUUACUCACAUGUCUAAGCAGAGCCUAGAACCAAGAGCUCCUCCCAUUAAUGAGCAAUUUUCACAAUUCCGGGCUGGUCCUUCUUCAGGACAUACCCAGGAAGUUGGGAUCUUUUCCAUUCCUGAUAAAUCCAUCAAACCAAGUGCUCCUCACAUGCCUAAGCCGUCCACCAGAUUGGCCCCUUCUACUCUGAAACCAUUUCAAGAAUCAAAGACUUCUCUCCUUUCUGGGCAAUCCACUACAUCAAGAACCAGAUGGCCCCUGGUACCAUCUGCUCUUAUUGAUGAGAAGACCCCUGGAUUUAAGGUCUCUUCUACUUCUUUGCAGACAUCAGGGUUUCCUUUUACCCAAGCCCCAUUUGUCUCUGGGAAAUCCCGAGGAAAGGGGAGCUUCGGUAGGGAGCUUCCUUCCUCUAAACAGACACUGGUUUCUAAGGGUCAAUUCACCCCUGUGAAGUUCCUAGCACCAGAGGUCCCUCCCACCCCUGGGAAGCUUUCAGUAUCUGGGCCCCCUCCCACUCUAGGGCAGCCCCUUACACUGGAUUCCCCUCUUAGCCCUAGGCAGAUCCUCAUACCUAGGGACUCUCUGACUCCCCAGUCACCCCUGAUAUCAAAGCUUCCUCUUGCCUCCAGGCAACCUCUUAUAUCUGGGAUUCCACCCGCCUCUUCACAGAUUCCCAGUCUCUGGGCUCCUCUCUUUCCUGGGAAGCCUUUGAUUCCUGGGGCCCCUUCUGUGCCUGGGGAGCUCAUGGAAUCUGGACUCUCCACCUCUGAGCAGCCCCAGGCAUUUCAGCUCCCUACCGCCUGUGAGCAAUCUCCCUAUCUACAAGCCCCUUCUACCCUUGGGGAGCUUCCGGCACCACAGACCUUUCCUGGGCAAGCUUUCCCACUAUGGAUCUCUCCCACCCCUGGGCAUCCCCCACCACCACCGACCCCCUCAACCCCUGGAAAGCCCCCAAAAGAUUUGUCUCUGAAAUCUAAAUCAGCAUUGGUCCAUCCCGGUGCUCCAAGUUUCAAGGUACCACAAGCCCCUUUCACCACUAAGAAGUUCCAAAUAUCAGAGGUCUCUGACACUUCUGAAGAAAUCCAGGAACUCCGAGAUUCUUUUACUAUGGAACAACUUAGGACAUUUCAGUCCUAUCUCACCAAGUAUAGGACACCAGUAUCACAAACUCCUUACAUUGAUGAGGGGGCCCUGCCCACUCGCAUGAAGCCUAUAACAUCACUGCCUCCUCUUACUACUCAACUACCCAAAAGAUCACAGAUUGCACCUUCCGAAUGGGACUGGAAAUCCCGAUUUCCCCCUAUAAGUAAGCCCUGCGUACUGACUUCAGUUUCAGGUACCAAGAAACUCAAGAUGAUGAUACCCCCUUCCUCUUUCCAAGAGCUCAAAGAGCAGAGGUAUUUUGUUGAUGUGAAGGCUCAAAGGAAGAACCUGAUACUCUUAAAUCAGACCACAGAAACUUCUGGACACCCUUCAGAGCUACAUACAACAGCUAGAAAUCUCAUAAUUGAGACACUUCAUACAGACACAGUUCGACUGGGAUACCUAUUCCGCAAGUACAUUGCCUAUAGGCUGAUCCAGCGUGCAAGAAACAACAUAAUCAAAAGAAUACUAGCCAUCCAAAACAGUGGGAAAGGUUAUGAGACCCAGAAUCUUUACAUAAUGCUGAACAGAAUUGAUGGCUACCAGAAAAAGAUGAUGGGGGUCUGGACCGAGAAGCAAAAGUCUCUAGAGCAGAAACGGAAUCAGUGCCUGAGGAAAAUGAUGUUCUUAUUUAGCCAGCUCCAAGAUAUGUACCAGUUGAAUCUUAGUCAACCUGUACCUUUGCUCAUCGACAAAAAGCAGAAACCUACCCCUACCAAAUUUAUUCAACAGCCAUUCCUAGAGCUACUAAUGAAAGAGGACAGAAAAUCUGACAUAUUCAAGAAAUUUAGGCAACAAGAAGACCAGAUGGCAGCCAUCUGGAAUGCUGAUCAGUCCACUACAAGCUACCCAAUAACUGAGAAGACAUCACUACAUUCACUGUGGGCCCAGCUGGGUGGGUACCCACCUAUUCCCAUGCUGCUCCAGUUAGAUGUUCAGUCUUCCUUCAGAAAAUCUCUUGCAUCCAUUCAAUCACAGUAAGUUAAGGACUGGAAGCACUCUGAUAAUUGGGCUUUUGGU